AGUCGCUGAGACGUGUUUACUAAAGACACAAUGCAUGCACAGAUCUGAGAUCAGCACUGUAAUGAGAGGAGGACGUGGGCUGAAGGACUGCAGAGUUUUCAGAACAUGUUUUGAGACUGGUGGAUGCUUUGCUGAGUCAAGAAGUGUAUUCGGGCGACGGCUGGAAAUGAGCAGAUCAGAGUGAUGAUGACGAUGACGAGUAAUUUAACACCAGCAUUGCCAAUGGGAGGAGAUAGCAGAGAUAUGUCAGAACUUGAGGACCGAGUCAGUGAGGGUGUGUGUGUGUGAGAGAGACAGAAAGACACACAGGCACGGACGGGACAUUUCCAAACUACAUUGAAGUUUCCUCCUUUCCCAUCCACUCUUGAUGCCUAAAAAGAGUUAAAUAUCUUCAGUGCGUGAAGAAGAACCUCAACUAUUUGAAUUAUCCACCUCCUCCUCCCCCUCCAAGUAACUUGCAGCAGCUGCCAGUUUCUGUUUACGAAUCAACAUGUAAUUUUCCUUAGUCACUUCUUUCCUGAUAGAAGAAGGAUUUCUCCAUCAUGUCAAACACUCAGGAGCAGAGCCUCAACGAGAACAUCGUCUUCGCUCCGCUAUCAGAGUCCAGUCCGGAGUUUCUGCACUGCGAGGAGGAGCGCUACUGUGUGGAAAGCCUCAUCAGCUCCGGCCCUCAGGCCUUUUACACCCAACUCCAUCAGGAACAAAUCGGGUCGUUUCUGUCGUCCGGAGAGGUGAAGCAGAUCUCCAGCUGGGCUGAGGACUUUCAUCAGAGCGAUGGGCUUCAGGAGGAAGGCAAUGGAGAGGUGGAGGUGGGAUCUGAGGGGGAGGAUUUCUCUGGACAUUAUUUUCCGACUGAAUCAGACACUCCGGCUCCAUGUUUGGAAUUAGGAUGGCCUGAAAGGGCAAUGUGGAUGGACACGGGUCGGGUUAAUGUGUACACCAAUCCUCCAACAGAGCAAUCGCCAUCCAUACGGGAGGUGCUGAGGAGACUAAUACAAGCAGCCACCAGGUUGAUCGCUGUGGUCACCGAUAAAUUAUCAGACAACGCUGUUAUCAAUGACCUGCAAAACGCAGCAUCUCGAGGGGUUCCAGUGUACAUCAUCCUCAAUAAAAGAUCAGUGGAGGAAAAAUGCUCUAUACAUCGCCUUCAGCAUCCGAAUAUCAUGAUCCGUAUUCUCGGAGGUAAAACAUUCCUGACGCGCGACUCAAGGAUGGUGAUUGGAGAACUGAAGGACAACUUUGUGCUGGUGGAUCUGGAGACGGUGAUGUUGGGGAGCUACAGUUUUACCUGGAGUGACACCUAUCUGCACCGUCAGCUCGUCACCGUCAUGAGCGGCCCAGUUGUGGAGUCUUUCGACCGCGAGUUUCGGACUCUUUACGCCGCUUCACUUCCAAUUCCGGACGCCUGGAAAACUGGAAAACAAACUAGCGAGCCCAAAAUAUAUAAGAAACUCCUGCCGCUGAAUAUAAACAAAGUGGAAAUCAGCGAGUUUGUGUCCAGCCCUCCGCCUCCUCCGACCGACUGCGUGCUGGACUGGGAGGCGAUGGGGGUCAUCCGCAGGUUCCCGGACGGCAGUUUGAGUCCUCCAGAAGCGGCUCCAGAGCUCCAGUUCCCCCACCGACACCUGCUGGACAGACUCCCGGUUGGAGGAGGAUGGGAGAUUCCCCAUAAUGACUACAACUCCAGAUUCCUGACGGGAUAUCCAGAGGAGGGCAAGUUAAAUUCAAUGUUUCUGGCAGACUUGCGGCACCCAGAAUAUCAAAGGCCGAGGUACCAUUACUCACCUGGAGAAAUGCAGUGCAACGAGCCGAUGAACAGGUCUCUCCAGAUGGCUGACAGAGUGGCGUAUCCUCUCCUGAACACUGAAAACGAGGAGCGCUUCCCCGUUUACAGAUCUCGAACACACAGGACAGAUCUGAGCUCAGAGGAAGAGCUGGGAUCUGCACUGAGACGAGAGCCGUUCCUCAGGAGAGACAGAGGUUUAGGAGAAACCCUGAACACAGAAACCAACGCUCACGUCAAUCUUAAGAAGCCAUCAGAUCUGUCCCGGAGCAAGACGUUCAGCACUUUGAGUGAUAUUUUUAAGCGGGUCAAUGCUCGGGCCACUUCAGGACAGAUGAAGACAGAAGACAAAGCGACAGGAGUCAGUAAAUCCACAAUGGACCUCAAUUUACAGCGGACAGACAUGCCAUCAAACCCUCGAAACAUCAACAGUGAUAAUAUUGCUCUGACUCCUGCUCUGGCUCUGAUGAAGAAGCGGAACGAUGAGGUCAAAACAGGUCUGCUGCGCAGCAUGCCCAGUGUUUUCACCCCAAGCUUCAGAACUGCUGGUUUUGGCCUGCAGAGGGAGACGUGGAGGUCUCCGUUCAGAAGAAAUGAUGAAGAGCAGUGAAAACACAAAUCGAUGACAUCACCAGUGUUACAGUAAUCACCACGCUUUGCAUUUACUUAUGCAUAUGACACUGAAUAUGAAAGAGGGAGUUUCCUGCUGACCCAAAAUACAUUUUCAUUAGCACUGAUGUCACACUUGAAGAAUAAGACUAUUAAUAUAUGCCUCAUUUACAUGGACUCAUAAUUUAUGGAAUAUAAGGCCAACUGCUUGUACUGCCUACUGUUUAAAAUAUUGUCUCAUUUUAAGUUGAAUUGUAAAUAAAUAUAUAAGAGAGGGGC